AUGAAUUUGUUCGGUGUCAAAAUGUUAGGCGAACUUUUAUAUUCAAUAGAACAUCAUUUAGCAGCAAUUACGGUUGUGGUAAGCAUCGCGUGUUUGGUCGGGGCGUUCAUAUUCCUGGCCGGCCUCUGCUACAUCAGAAAGCAAAGAAAGAUAAUAAACUCGAAAAAGCAGCAAUUGUUGCAGGAGAAAUGCGCUCAGCACGGCUACAAAACAGACAAACUUCCGGCGGAAGUGGAUUACUCACGUGACAGACAAUUAUUUCCGCUUGACAAUCAACAGCAGCAGCAGCAGCAACAGCCUCAUGACUAUCGUGAGCGCUUUUCUGAAGAUAUAAUUGAAGAGAAUGAUUAUGCGUACGUUGACGAACUGUUGCAGGCACCAGUUGAUAAGUUGCCGCAACAAGUUGAUAAACAACUAGACGGCAACAUUGUACCGCAACCACAACAACAACCACAACUGCCACAUCUACCGCAACAACCACAACAGCAACAACCACAACAACAACAACGUAAUGUAACUUUCCAGCAACAACAUCAACAAUUUUUCUACCUUCCCGAGUUCUCUAACUUCAAAUCUUCACCCAAAUUAACAAGAGCCAUUCUAUACAACCCGCCGAUAAGUCAACAACAACAACAGCAACAACAAAUUUUUCAACAACAACAACAACCAAUAUUGCAGCAACCACAACAACUACAACAGAUCUUGAAGCCGCAGCAGCAGCAACUGCAACCACAACUUCCGCAGAUAACAUCGGAACAGCAGUACAACCCAGGCCAACAUUACGAGAAAUAUAAUAAAUAGAAAUUUACGGAAUGAAUUGAUAAAUUUAUUUAAAUUAACAAUUAAAUGAGGCAAUAAAAUUGAUAAUUAUUAUUAAUAUGAAAAAAUAAAAAAGUAAUUAAUGAAUAAUAUCGGUGUAAAUCUUGUUAAAAUUUGUGAAAACUUCAACAUUGCAUACUUUUUUUUUAAUUCCAUACAAGCCAAUAAGCUCUUACGGAGAAAAUUUAAUUUGAAAACUGAUUCCAUAUAAACCAAACAAAAAUACCAAGCACACGUGAAACCAUACACAUACACACACAUACAUACCAGUAAACAUAUACAAACAUUUACACACAUACAUACAUAUUUUUAACAAACACUUAAACACAUUCACAUACAAAUUAAUAAGGACAAUUGAUAUUAACAUGUGUAAAAUUUUCUAAAUAUUUAACAUUAAAAUAUGUUAGUUAUAAAUAAUAAACAACAUUUCUGUCACUUCUAGCUAAUGUUUUGCUGUAACAUAUGUAUAUCUAAUCUAUAUUUUAAGUCAAACUAUGGUUGAGAAACAAAUUUAUUUUUUAAAAUCACAAUCCUUUGCUUAAACACGUGAUUUCAUUCAUUCAUUCCUUUAUUUAUCUUUUCAUUCAUUCCAUUUUUCAUUCGUUCAUUAUUCAUUCAUUCAAUCAUUUUUCAUUCAUUCCUUUGUAUACACUUUUGAACAUAUGUAUUUUUUAUUAAAAAAUGAAAAUAAAUAUUAAUAUAUAUAUAUAUAUAUAUAUAUAUAUAUAUAUAUAAAAUCUUUAUUUCCGUUAAUGAUUCUUUUGCUAGCUUAAAUUCGUUUUAAGAGUUCAACGUCAUUUUUUUGUAAAAUAGAUUAAAAUAAAUUAAAAUAAUAAAUCGUUAUCAUUAUUAUUACUGUUGUUAUUAUUAUUGUUGCUAUUAUUGUUGCUGUUAUUGUUAUUGUUAUGAUUUGUUUUCAAUUAAGUUUUUCUGGUUGAAAUAAAAAAAUUGAAACUUC